AUGCAUCAGAGCUUGUGCAUUGAUGGGAGUAGGCCAAAGCUGAUGAAUGUCCAACUCGACGGUGGUCUCAAGACGUAUGAGCUCCGAUGCGAUGAUGCGUCCUGGACGAAUACCUCCAUAGACAGUAGAGGACUGGACAAGCGACAGGCAGCCGCUAUGUGCGGAACAGCCUGUAACUCGCAUUGCUAUUUUCCAGCUGAUUAUAACCCCGAGCCAGGAGACUGUGCAAGAAUUGCAGAGAAUCUGAGAACCAGGCAAAGCAGCUGGAAUGUUCCCAUUGGGGGAACAAACGUAGUGGAAUUCAAUACAUGCAUCUUUACGUUUACAAACCAAGGACGCAGUGCAAUGAGCUACUGCGACGCAGAUUGGAGCGUGAUCGGUAAUUCUCUUGCGACCACCUGCGUUUCAUGGGGUGCAAAUCCAGCCAAGGGUGGAAUAUGCACCAAUUCCAACUUUUACAUCAAGGCUAUACGCACCGAAAAUAUGCCGAUGCUCCCAAGCUCUGGUGCCCCUCCUUCGUCAUUAGCAUCCACAUCACCUCCCUCUUCGUCUUCACCUUCAUCUUCGCCUUUGUCCUCCUCACAACCAAGUGGUUCUACUACUAAUACCAGGACCACCACUGACACCGGAAUUUCGAGAUCGACUGCUGUAUCGUACGAGACACCUGGUGGCUUCUCUGACGGUUUAGUGGAGACAAAUAGUUUGGUACCUUCAGGUUCAAUCUCUGCGUCCACCGGGAGUUCCCAAUCACAUCGCCCGAGGAAUAUAGAUAUAGCGGCCAUCGUUGGAGGGACGAUUGGAGGCGUUGCGGGUGUAGCAUUUCUGCUCGGUGUAUUCUUCAUCUUCCGCCGAGUCAGGAGCUACGAGGAGCUUCAAAGCCUUCAAGUAGACUCAUACCCGGUAUCACAUUCUCGGCCAACGUUUACGAAUUCCGACGCCACAAUUCCGACCAGUGAUGCACCAAUGGUCGAAAUCGACUCUGCAAGUCGAGGUUCUGCCCUGAUGCCGUGCGAGUUUGGAUCCACACCUUCACAACAGAAACCAGUCAAGACCGCAUUACCGGGGGUUGAAGUGCCUGCGCCGACGGUCGAGGCACUGAUUGCUGCUGCUGCACUUCCUGGAAUGUCACGAGAGCAGAUAGAUCUGUUCGCGGCAAACUUUGUGUCGCUCGUGAGAGGACGCCAGGUGCUGGACGAGGAGCCCGAGGACGAAGUGGCGAGUGAGAUUCGACAACCGCCACCGUACCAACAACAAUGA